AUGACGAACCCCGAGCUUCGUCGUCAAGUGAUUAAUAUAUACAAAGAGCUCCUGUAUAUGGGCCGCGAGUAUCCAUUAGGCUACGAAUACUUUCGGACAAGAUUACAUCGUGCAUUUUCAAGCCAAGCAAAGCUCCAGAACGAUGAUGAAAUUAGGAAGGGGAUAGCUAGGGCUGAAUUCGUUAAGAAAGGUUUGUACUAUGUCAAACGAUACCGUGCGUUGAAGCAGCGCUAUGAAGAAAACAGAUAA